UAACCUUAUUUACAUGUCAUUUUAAUCUGUUAGCUUUUUUAACUCGCGUCCGCGUUUUUUUUUCUCGAUUCGAUGGCGAAAACUGAAAUUAAAAAAACGUUAAACUUGACUUUUCCGCGUCUUGAACCAUACCGUGUCGUAGGAGAUUUUUUAAAAUCGAAAGAUGAACUGCAUUCAGUUCAAUUGCCUGCUUUUCAAUGGGAUAAACCUCGACAAGACCCGGAUUUAUAUUUAACAGAAGCUCGUCGGGAAUACGUGUCGUUUGUGGAAGCUUUAGGACGGAAGAGAGAGUUUUAUAAGGAAGAGAGGAAAUCACUCGACCGACAAUGGGAUCAUUUGCUGCAACAGGAAAAAGAUUUGCAGGAGAAUUUUGUUAAAUUAAGUUCGUUUAUAAAAAGCAAUGAAGAAAAGCGCGCAAGAGCUAUUCAAAGAUGUAAAGAGGAUCGAAAAUUGUGUGAAGAACGUGACAAAGACAUCGCAAAAAUGAGAGAAAACAUAGAUUUGUUAGAACACGUCAAGGAAGAAAUGGAUAGGGAGAUACGCCACCAUAUUUUAUACGAAAAAUAUUUAAAUUUCGUUGUUGGCGAAACUGUAGAUUUUCGGAACGCCGCCGACGUGAUAGACCGAUUCGAAUCGCUAAUGACUACGAAAAACGAGUUAGGACUCCGCCAACAAAAUUACUUCAACCUACUUGAAACCGCUAAAAGCCAAACUGCAAAGAUGGCCGAUGAAAACACGUUCAGAAUUUUGGGACUGAACACAAUAGCGGCUGGUUUACGCACCCGAUACAAAACCGCAGCUAGCAAUAGCAUGGCUUGGGAAAAAAUUGUUUGGAGUAUUAAGAAAAAUGCUCUGCAAAAAUACAAGGAAAUCACCGAAGUGAAACUGGGCUGCAGGAACACGUAUUUGUUGAUGUGCAAGCGGAAAAACGAAACGCCGAAAAUAUCAGACGGUGAUUUUGAAAGUCAGCUGAAUUAUAUUAAGAAGACGCUUCAGGAGCUGAAAACUGUGAAAGGGGAGGCUGAAACCACGAACAAAAAGACUUUCAGCUCCAUGAAAGGAGAGGUUUCGAAAGGGUCGAAAUAACUUAUGUAAUUUAAUUAAUUAUUUAAAUAAUAUAUCAGUACUUAUAG